AUGGUGAAAGAAUGGACCAAUGUAUGCAGCUGGGAGGAGAGCAAGAGAGAUGGGGAUGUAAGGCCAGAGCUGGGCCGGGCUGAGAGGCUGCCAAUGCUCUUUCUCUUCCUGCUGCUUUUGUUCUGCCCGGCGCUCUGUGAGCAGAUCUGCUACAGGAUUCCCGAGGAAAUGCCCAAGGGCUUCGUGAGGGGAAUCCUCGCCACCGACCUGGGGUUCAGCGUCCAGGAGUUACCGACAAAACUGCGUUGGGGUUCGAGAAGCCUCCACUUCCACCGUGGAGCUUAGAGAGAGGAGUUGCUUGUGAACAGCAGGCUAGACAGGAGGAGAUGGCGCGGGAAGAAUCCAGCUUGUGCUCUGGAAUUUGAGGUUGUUUGUGCAAAUCCACUGAACUUUUAUCACGUGAAUGUGAGAUCGAGGACAUUGAAUGACCACACGCCAACAUUCACGCAAAAUUCCUUUGAGCUGCAAAUAAGUGAGUCUGCAAUACCUGGCACACGAUUUAUAUUAGAAGUAGCAGAAGAUGCAGAUACUGGCUUAAACUCUACAGAAUAUAAACUCUCUCUUGACCCAAGUUUCUCAUUAAUAAUUACAGAAGCAAGAUGGUAGUAAAUAACACCUCGGAACUGGUACUUGGAAAACCUAGACCGGGAACAAGAGAGUUACCACUGCUUAGUCCUGAUCACCUUGGACGGUGGAGAUCCACCCCUAAGCGGCACCACUGAGCUCCGUAUCCAGGUAACUGAUGACGAUAAUCCCCCGGUAGUCUAACCGGAUGUGUACAGAGUCAGCUCUUCGGGAAAACGUACACCAGGCACCACUGUGUUGCAAGUGUCAGCCACCACCAAACGAGGCAUCAACUCAGAAAUUACUGAUUCCUUCUACAGAACCCGGCAAAUCUUUGGUCUGAAUUCAAAGAGCGGGAAAUUACCACUCCAAAAGAAACUGAUUUUUGAAGAAACCAAGGAAUAUUCAAUGAUAGUAGAAGGGAGGGAUGGUGGUGGACUGGUUGCACAAUGUACAGUUGAAAUUAAUAUUCAAGGAAAUGACAAUAGCCCAGAAGUUACAUUCCAGCCUCUACUCGAGAUGAUUCUGGAAAACGCGGUGCGAACACUAAUUGCUUUGAUCAAAAUACAUGACCAGACUGUAAAUAAAGCUGUCAACUGCGUCCCUUUCAAGAUUAUCUCUUCGUCCAAAAAUUGUGAUAAGUUGGUAACAGAUGGAACCCUAGACCGAGCAGACUCGGAGUACAACGCCACCAUCACAGCCACAGACAGGGGCAAGCCGCCCUCCUCCAGCAUAAGCGUCAUCCUGCAUAUCAGCUGAGGGGCCAACGACAACGCUCCGGUUUUCCACCAGGCGUCCUACUUAGUCAGUGUGUCAAACAACCUCUCUGGGGCCUCCAUCGCGAAAGUCUGCGCCUCGGACCCGGACUUGGGGUUGAAUGGCCAAGUCUCCUACUCCAUCAUGGCCAGCCACCUAGAGCCUCUGGCACUACCUCAUGCAUCUGAGCCGAAGUGGGGUGGUGUUCGCGCAGCGCGCCUUGACUACGAGCAGCUGCGUCGAACUCACACUGCAGGCUCGCGAUCAGGCUCGCCCUGAGCCAGCGCGAACGUGAGCCUGCGCGUGCUGGUGGGCGACCGCAACGAUAAUGCGCCUAGAGCCCUCGCGCUGGGUCCCCGACGCUCUGCGCGAUAUGGUGCGGCGGCUGCAGAGCCCGGCUACCUGGUGACCAAGGUGGUGUGGCGGUGGACGAGACCUCAGGACACACCCGCCUGGCUGUCCCACCACGUGCUGCAGGCUAGCGAGCCCGGGCUCUUCAGGCCUGGGGCUGGCAGACGUGGAGAGGUGGCGACGGCGCGUGCCUUGGGCGACAGGGGCGCCCGACAGCGCCUGUUGGCCGCUGUGCGUGAUGGUGGACAACCGCCACUCUCCGCCACCGUCACGCUGCACUUGGUCUUUGCCGACAGCUUGCAGGAGGUGCUGCCGGAUAUCACUGACCGCCCUGUACCCUGGCCCCAGGCUGAGCUGCAGUUUUACCUAGUGGUGGCCUUGGCCUUGAUCUCAGUACUCUUCCUCCUGGCCAUGAUUCUGGCCAUUGCCUUGCGCCUGCGACGCUCCUCCAGCCCCGCCGCCUGGAGCUGCUUCCAACCAGGUCUCUGUGUCAAGUCUGGACCUGUGGUUCCCCCCAACUACAGCGAGGGGACGUUGCCUUAUUCCUACAACCUAUGUGUUGCACAUACAGGAAAGACGGAGUUUAAUUUCCUAAAAUGUAGUGAACAGUUGAGUUCAGGACAAGACAUACUUUGCGGUGAUUCAUCUGGGGCCUUAUUUCCACUUUGUAAUUCCAGUGAGUCGACUUCCCAUCCUGAGUUGGUGAGUUUUAUUUAUGUCUAUUCUUUUUCAUUACCCACCCAAUUUUCUGUAUUUACAUGAAAAUACCGUACAUUUUCAGGUCUAAUGAGUUGUCUUAGGAAAGUUGUAGCUGCUCAGAAAAGCUGUCCAACCAUUCUUUAAGAGGAGCAGUGAAUUGUGAGUUGUUAUGUCACAUAAAAGAAGUAGGCUUAUAGGUUUACAAAGUAGUGAGAGUUUGUUUUUAGCAUCCUAGCUAGCAAAAACAUUUGGUUUUUUUGUCCUCUUUCUCAAAGCUAACGAAAUUAGCUUUUACCCAUUGAUUGUCUCAUUCUUUAACAUGUUUAUAUUUUAUUAUCUGUAGAUAAAUAUUUAAUGUAUGUAAUCAUUUAAUUCAUCUUUCAAAGCAAAGAAACUGCUAGUAGUUGUCUUUCUUCACUGAUUUCACUGGUAGUUUCCAUCUUUCUCAUGUUCCUCAUAUAUACUUUCUUAUUCCUACCUAAUGGAUUUAUGAUUUUUGAAUCUCCUAAAAUUUAAUUAAAAAUACUAUAUGUUG